UUUGCGAUAAAAUCGCGAUUUGACAGAACGCGAUUUUCUAAUCGCAACGUGCGCGAUUUGAGGUGGUCACGUGACGCGAGCGAAAGAGCGGAGAAGACGGCUGCAUCACUUUUUCAUGCUGGCCAGCGCAAUGGCCUCUUGCUCGACGGAACAGUCAGAAACUGACACAGCUGAUACUUUAAUCUCGAAGAGGAACAGCACGUCGGUGGUAUGGAACUAUUUUGGUUUUAAAAAAGAUGAUGUUGAGCAGCGUCAGGUGUUGUGCAGAGCAUGCCGUGCUCCCAUUGCUACUUCACGGGGAAACACUACAAAUCUGUUUCAGCACUUAAAAAAAUACCACAAAUCAAUGCAUGACAGUUGUAUGACCAAAAUGCCAAGCACCAGUGCGAGAGUCAAGCCAAAUACCUCAAGACAGGGAUCACUGACAGAAAUGUUCGAAAGUGUCACUCCGUAUGAACGUAAUUCAAAACGGCACGGGGAAAUCACUCGGAGAAUAACCGAGUUCAUAGCCAAAGAUAUGAUGCCUCUCAGCACGGUGACCAAGCCUGGGUUCAUGGCAUUAAUACAUACGCUUGAUAAACGUUACAGUAUGCCCUCCCGCACAUACUUCAGUCAGACUGCCAUACCGGAGCUGUACAAAAAGUGCAAAGAGAAAGUCGCCGCGGAACUUAAAACGGUGGAGUUUUUUGCUAGCACUACUGAUAUGUGGUCAAGCCGCACAGCUGAGCCGUACCAGAGUCUUACAGUCCAUUUUAUUGAUGAAGAUUUCAACCUCCGAGCUCGCUGCCUACAAACGAUCUACUUCCCAGACGAUCACACAGGGGAAAAUAUUGCAGCCGGCCUGAGAGAAGGGUUUGUCAGCUGGGAUCUCCACGAGGAGAAUCACGUCUGUAUCACGACGGACAACGCGUCGAAUAUGGUGCUUGCUGCGCGGCUUAAUGAAUGGACGAGGCUCCAAUGUUUUGGCCACAGAUUACAUCUUGCCAUUGAAAAUGCACUCAAAGAUGACAGAGUGUCAAGGGCAACAGGACUGUGCAGGAAGCUGGUGGGGCACUUUUCCCACAGUUGGAAGAAGAAAGCAGCCCUGACGGAGGCACAGAGAGAGCUCAAACUCCCUGAGCACAACCUCAUAACGGAGUGCCCAACAAGAUGGGGUUCUAAAGAAAUGAUGAUUGCCAGAGUGCUUGAACAGGCCAAAGCCAUUUCUCAGGUAUUGUCUGUAGAUCGAUAUGCACGCUCCCUUAUCCCAACCUGGCAGGAUAUUGACGUGUUGGAGUCGAUUCACAAGGCACUGCAUCCUCUACUGGAGUUUACUGAUGCUCUUUCUGGAGAGGAGUAUGUAAGCAUCUCCUACCUCAAGCCAGUUCUCCAACUUUUUGCCACAUCAGUCCUGGCUGAAGAUGCUGAGGACACUGACCUGACUAAAUCAAUAAAAACCAAAGUCCUAGCAUACCUCAACAACAAAUAUGGAGACCCAAACAUCCAGGAGCUUUUGGAUGUUGCCUGUUUCCUGGACCCUAGGUUCAAAAUACAGUACAUCAGUACAGACAACAUCCCUGCUAUCAAGACUCGUCUGAAGACAGAGAUCGUACACUUGGCACAACGUACAUAUCAUUUGGAGAAGAGGUCUCGUACUGAAAAUGUUCAGAUGCCUCAAAGUGCACAGUCCUUGGGGGAAAAGCCGAAGAAGUCUCUUGGCAGUUUUUUUAAGACCAGUUCAGCCUCUCCUUCUUUGCCUGUAAGUCUUGAAGAUGUCGCAGAGGCAGAGAUAAACAAUUACCUGAUGACUCCUACCAUUGAUGGAGAAGAUGAUCCAUUGGCUUGGUGGAGGGUGCACAAGAUCAGCUACCCACAGUUGUGCACCAUGGCACGCAAGUAUCUUUGUGUACCUGCUACAAGCGCUCCCUCAGAGCGUCUUUUUAGCACAGGAGGAAAUAUUGUGACUUGCACUCGCUCAUCCUUGAAGCCAGCAAAAGUCAAUAUUCUGGUUUUCUUAGCAAAAAACCUGUGAGCCACUGAGAACAGAACUGUUGGAUAAUUAUGUCUGGCAGUGCCAUACUCGUAGUGAAAUUUAGUCUGUGUGGUGUGUUAUUGUUGUGUACUUGAGAUAAGUGAGGUUCAUCUAUAUUAUAACAUUCAAACAGUUUAUAAAAAAUAGUUUAUUGUCUAAAUUAAAAGUGCAUUUCUCUUUUUUUAUAACUUUAUUUACUUUGAUUUUACAAAAUAUUUUCAAUGCAAAUUCCUUGUUUCAGUUGUGUGAAAUGUUACUGACUAGGGAGCAGUAAGAUACAUCAUUUUAAAUAUUUUUUUUCUUAAGACUGUACAUUUUGCACACAGUGUUUACAAAGUGCAUGUUUUUGUUUCAAUUAUUUAAAUGCA